AAAAUGGCGAUGGUUAAAGAAAAAAACAGGAUGGCGGCUUUGUUUGUUGUUUCUAAUUAAAGGAAUGAAAGAAACGGGUUAUUGUUCUGUAUAAGUAUGUGUAGUAUCAUCAUAAACUCUAUUGUCCAAUCAGUAAUGUAAUUCAUUCAUGUUCAAAAGCUUCGUUUUUUAGGUUAUUUUAUGGAAUUCCCAAUUAUUUUCCAUAUUAUGUGUCAGUUCAAAUUUUGGGAAAUGGUAUUCCUCAAGGUCUCAAUCCUAACCUAACUUACUAAAUGCAGUUACAAUUGAACAAAGGAAGUACCGGGAAGUAGUAAUUAUUUAUAACAUCUCAAGAUUUUUAGUUUUAUUGGAACCAACACACAAUGAACGGAGACAGUUCUAAAAUGUGCCGGCUGUGCCUUGUUGAAGCAGAAGUCAUGUGUCCUAUCUUCAACUCCUAUUCCAAGAGUAAUCCUCAAAGCGUGGCACUACCACAGCGAAUUAUGAGUUUUGCUCAAAUAAAGGUUGCUGAAAAUGAUGGGCUGCCAUCGUCCAUUUGCUACCAGUGCUUGGCACAAGUAGAUAAAUCGUACCAGUUUAAGCUCCAGUGUGAGCAGUCAGAUGCUACUCUCAGACAGAACUUACAGGAACAGUUUGAGGAGUGUGAUGGAGAGCCGGGUGAUUGGGAAAUGAUGAAGUUUACUCCAGAAGUUAUCAUUAAUGAAGGCGAGGAUAACAGCGAUGAAAUGAAUGAGAGCCAAGAAGACAGCCAGGCCAACGAGAGUGAUUCUGACAAUUCUAGCCAAACGAAAAACACAGGAAGCAGCUACCCGCUGUCAGAGGUACAAGAGUUGCUGCGACACCAUGGUACAGAGAUACGUCUGCAGGCAGUCAAUGGCACAGGCAACGGUACCAGUAACUCUAAACUGGCACCAGAGCAGAACGGCUCCAGUCCAGACCACACCACCCACAACGGCAAUGGUCAGCACCUGCCCAACUACUACUGUCCCUUGUACGGGGUCGAAGCUGUGCUCAAUAACCACACAGCUGGUGCUGGACCAAGUUUCAGCACUGGCAGUGUGUCCCUGCCUCAGCUCGCCCCUCGCUUGCCCAUCACUGCUGCCUCUCUUAGUUCUCUGUUGCAUCGCAAAGGUGAACUGCGGCCAGAACUUCUGAUGAGUCCCAAUGGGAUGGCCAAGUCUCGGCGGUCACGUGAUGGCCAGAAGCUAUUCCAGUGCCGACUGUGUCCCAAGUCCUACUCGUUCUCGUCUGCUCUCAGCCGCCACAAGGCUGUACACAACACGGAGCUGCGUCCACAUGUCUGCAACAUGUGCAAGAAAGGUUUUGCUGACCCGGAGAAGCUGGAGAGACACAUGCGCACACACGUCAGUGAUCAGCUCUUCCCCUGCGAUAUAUGUGGAAGAGUUUUCAAAGCACUGGCCACUUUUGAAAGGCACAAGAUCAUGACCCAGGGCAAGUGUCGGCUGUUCUCCUGUAUGAUGUGUGGUCUUGGGUUCCCCAACAAGACCAAACUGAAGCUACACCCUUGCAAGGCUGCUCCCAUGGAAAGACUCUAUCCUUGCCCUCAAUGCAACCAGGUUCUCAACUCCAUGGAAGCUUUUGAGUUACACGUCGCCUCACACUCAGGUCUGUCAGAGAGGCCAUUGAAUUCACAAGCAAUAUCACUAAUUACAACAGCUGACAUCAAUCGAAGGUCAAUCUGACCACCUUCAUAACUGGUACAAGUUUGUCACGUUCAAAGUACAAUUAGUGUAUAUAAUCAAAUACUCAGGCUCUCUGCAUAAUGUUGUACAGUACAUAUUGUACAUUUGUAAUAAGUUUAUUUGUAACAUGUCUUCUGAUGAUGUAGAUUUUUAAUGAUCCGUUAGAAAAUAAUUUAUCAAUCUUUUUAAGUGAUCAUAAUUUGCUGCAUGCUUAAGUUAUACAUAAACUUCAUCAGUGCUGUAUGUUUUCAUCCCGGUAAUUUAUUAGUGAACAUUUUGUUUAUGUUUAGUUAAUGAAACCUAACGUAAGGUUGUAAAUUUCUGUGUUGCUAUUGCAUGUUAAAAGAAAUAACAGCUAUGGUCCUUAAAUGUUUGAAUGUUGAAAUGUAGCUAUAAUGCCAAUGUUUACAUCAGUAUAUUUUUAAAAUUGUAAAUGUUUUGAUACUCAAGCAAAGCAAGGUCAAAAUGUGAUGAAUUUGAAUUCUGAUAAAAUGAACAGAACAGGGUUUGAAGUUUUAUUGUGUAGUAUUUUUAUACUGUUAUUUUAGUUACUGUAAGUUUAGAUUAAGAAGUAGUUAUAUAAUGUAGCAUGAAUGUAUUUAUUUCAAUCAUUAUACACUAAGAUUUAACACAAAACUUGUCAGUAAGCCAUCAUUAUGACUCAGGUUAGUACCAUAAGUGCUCUAUCAAUACUUUCUAGGUAGAUAUUUAAUAUUUACAAGGCCUAUAAUGAUUUGUUUGUAUACAAAUUAAUGAUUAAAUUAUUGUCCGAAUAUGGUGAAUAUGUAGGUUAUUGUGAAAUGAGGAAAAGUACACAGUAUGUCUUGUUACAGUGAUUAUUGUUAUAUGUCUUGCAGUAUACCCAAUAAAACGUAAAAAGUGAAUCAAAUUCAUGGAAGCAAUUUAAAUAUUCCUAAGAAAGAAUUAUUUAUUUUUGAGAAUAAAUAAUUGGUAAACUUAGAUUUUGUUAUUAGUAAAGUAAAAAUUUAAUAUUUUUCUAACAUUUUUGGAAGAAAUAUUUUGGUAAUGAAGCAAAUCACUUAUUUCAUCAUUUUGAAAACAUUAAAUUUGGUCACCAUUUCUUUCAGAUCAGUUCUUAGAUUAAAUUUGAAAUUUUAUCUUAUGAAAUUCUGUUGAAUCUUAAAAUUUAAAUGGUUAAACUAGGUUUAAAUUAUUUUCAUACGUUCAAUAAAAGUAAUUAUUGUGAUUGGUGAUCUUACAUUGGAAAAGAUCAGUUAUUUUGAAUUGAAUAUUUGUUUCUAUAUAUAUAUAUAUAUACUUGUACUAGUUUUGUUUGUACCGGUGAAUUAAUUAGUUGUGUUAGCUCUAACUGGACAUUGUUUUUAUUAUUUAUUUAUUUUUUUUUUUUUUUUAAUAAGCUGUGGAGCUGUCUCUACAUAAUUUGUCAGAGUAGGUAAAGUCUGUGAUUUUUCACCAUUAUUUGUCAUGUUGGUGGUUUCAUUUAAGGGCAUUACAUUAUAUAUGACAUUUUGUGUGCUCAAUAAUUAAUUCUAGAAUUUAUGAACAUGUUUUAGUAUUUUUUAUACUAGAGUGCUUGACAUUUGCUUUUCCAAUGUCGUAGUAUGUUACAUCUUUAUAUAAUAAUAUUUUUAUCUAAAAUACAUCUGUAUAAAAAGUAUAAUAUCUAGUUGAUUUUUUGGUGUGAAGGAAUUAUUAAAUUUGUUAAAUUUAAAGAUCUCCCCAAGAACUCAAUUUUCACGAUAUUAUUUUGAAACCGUUACAAGUAUUUGCUUGUAAUAAAUAUUUUUCAAUUCACUUGAGAUAUUUCAUAAAGUAUUGAGGUUCAAUUAAAUAUGUUUUUACAUUGAAAAUCGCCAAUUAAAGCAGUUAUUUUAAAUUAAUUUGACUUGCUGAGGAUAACCAGUAUUUUAGCCAUCUUAAAAAAUGCCUCUGUUAUGUAGUUGUUAACUAUGUGAGUCUGAUAUAUCAGUGCAAAACAAUAUUUUGUCUGCUAAUAGAAAAGUUUGUUGUUUAAAACGGUCCAAUAAAUACACAAGUUACAUGGUCGUCGUUGGUACCUAAGUUUACUAACAAAGCUGUAAAUGACAUCUAACAUUUACACUGAAUAAUGGCAAACUUUAAACAUCAUUAAUGCAAGACCUUAUUAAAACAUACUUAAUAUUGAUGUGUAUAUAAUUUUCAGAAUGAAUAUUUGAUAAUUAAAUUAAAUUGAAAAGAAAACUAGGGUUUCAAAAUGAUUUGUUAAUGAAGGGGGGGGCAUGAGUAAUAAGAAAACUACUCCAUCCUUACAUUGAUUUUUGUUAGGAAACAAUCACUGAUUACUUUUCUUUAAUAAAUAUUUAAAUGUGUUUGGUAACCGAAAAUAAGAGGUGCCAGAUUUUAAUUAUAAUUUAAUAGUUAUUUUUUCAUAAUAAUAUUUUUACAACUUCUUAGAAGAUCUGUUAAAAAAGAAGUAACCAGGCAAGCAGAUGUUGUAUUAAGAGAAGUAGAUGUUAGAUUAACUUACAUAGUGCAUGUGCCAUCACUGAAGGGUUGUGUGGGUUGUGAUAGAAAUUAAUUAUUUAUUAUCUUUAUUCACUAUUUUUUAAUACUAUCCAAUAACCCGUUAAAAUGUGUGAACAUGUAAAAUUUUUAGUGCUUUACUUAUUAUUUUGAAAUAUUUAACUAUAUGAUAAACAAAUAUAUAUUUCGUAAUUUUAACAAAAAUUGUUUUCAAUAUUAAAUACAUUUAUUUUGUGUAUUUAAUGUUUGUGCUAAAUGGCAUACUACAUGAAUUUUUUAGCUACAGGCCAAUUUAAUAUUAAUGAAGCCAUAGUUAUAUUUAUUACUUUUUUUUAUAAACCUUUUUUUAUGCAUCAAUUUUAUGUUGAGAAUGUAAUACAUUAAUUUAUUUUGACUUAGAAAAUUUGAUUGUAUUAAGGAAAGUGUGAUUUAUUUUAUAUUUAUUUACAUUUUGUAGAAUUUAGUUUAAUAAUAUUGUUUAUAUUAAUUUUAUGAUCAAAGCAUCUUUGAUUGUAACCUAACAGUUUCUAUGUUCAUUGUUCUCCCAUGACAAAAUGUAACUAUGUACCUUACGAUAGAUUGACAACUCUAAGCUCUCGUGCACUUAUAUAAAAUGCUCACGUAGUAUAGAAGAAAUUUUGUAGUGAUAUCUUGAGUAAUAAUACAAUAAGAUCCAGUGUCAUAUUUUGUAGUCUGUACAUGUCAGUGUAGUGGAGUAUUUUUAUAAAAUGUAAAUGUCCUAGAUAUUAAGAAAGUUCAUUAGCUUUGUAAUGAUAUUAUACAAUAGAAAUACUCAGUGCUUUAGCUCAGGUCAAACUUAAGCGUAGUUAUUUAAGUAAUAUUUAAUAAUAAUGUAUUAAGGAUAGUCAUAAACGUCUUUUUGUAUUUGA